UCCUAAAAAUUUCAAUUUCAAUUUCAAUUUGAAGUUAUCAGCGCCACUUCCAUUUCCACACUCCGCUUCGCCACUGCCAUUUCAGGCAGGCACUCCGCCAUGAAAAGGACUCCAACCUUUCAUGGUUCUCGCGAUUAGGGCACACUGAAGUAGACGAGGAACAAGAAGAAGGAUCUUGAGUUCUGGAAACCGUGAAAGUCCUCCUCUUCUACCAUGGAUUCUGGUUCUCCUCGCAAUCGCAUUGAUCAGUUUUAUCCUUCGAAGAAAAGGAAAGCGGCUGCGGUGUCGCCUGCUUCUAUGCCUGGGAGAUCUGAGAAAGGUGCAAAGCAUCAUGGAGUUGAUGGGUCUCCUAGUGCCAAAGGAACUUUGGACAGUUACUUGGUUUCUUCACAAGAUGAUUGCCAUGCUGCCAGGCUGUCCAAUGUGGCCACCCCGGUUGGCGAGUCUUUGGUUAGGCAGCAUUCGGUUAAGAGAAAUUUAGCUUUAGAUGUUAGUAGUUGUAUUGAUUAUGAGCACAGUAAGCUGCCUGUUUUGUCGGCCCAUGGGAAUGAGCUGGCACAAGCUUUGCCUUCAGGACUAAUGGAUGAAUCAUCGAAGGUGAGUUCCAUGGUGGUUGGAGACCCUGGCCAGGAAAAAGGAUGGAGUGGUAUGGGAAUGGGUGUGCCAAACGCGGAUGCCAAACGAUUUGCGGCAGAGUUUCUGUCCUUGUAUUGCAGUGGAGUAGACCAGAUUCGUUUGUCAUCGGAAAUGAAAGAAGAUGCUCAUACCAGACAUUGUUCUCUUACAUUAGUAGAUAAAAAUAUUAGUUUGGCGGAGAAGUGUGAGGACCCCACUAGUGAGCCACAUUUUGGUAGUGAAAACAUCUCUAUUGUCAAAGCAUGUGUCAAGGAGACUCCAAAGUCAAAACGUGGAAGCUCAAGUUUUUCACCCGGCUCAGCUUUUUGGAAUGAAGCGAUUCAAGUUGCUGAUGGUUUGUGUGUUCCUGUGACUAAUGAUUCUUCUAUUGUUAUGCACAAGAUUAAUGUGGUGGAUGAGCAACAUGAAAUGGAGAAUUCAUCUAAUUUACAAAGUCAUGAUGGAAAGCUGAGGGAAGUAAUGGAUCAAUGCAAAAGCAGAUUUUGGAAGGGAGAAGCGGGGAUGCACACCAAAGAUUCCAAGAAAGAAGUCUCUGUUCUUCCUGUGAAGCAUUUUGAUUUUUCAUUUGAGGAUAAUAUUUUGGGUGAAAGUACCCUGCAAGAUCGUGGUGUUGGUAAUCUGACUAAUGUUACUUGUGAGGGUGGUAGACAGUAUGAGUGUGGUUCUGUAACAGAUCAUAGAUAUCAAAAGAUUGAUGAAGGGAAGGAGAAGCCUUUAGUAGAUGCAGUAUGCAAAAGAAUGAAUUUUUCAAGUCAGGAUAAUAUUAGUAUGACAUUUAAUUCACCCCUCAAUGAGGUUGCGAUGGCAGUUAAUACACAUAAAUCUGAUGAAGCUUGUACUCCGUCGAGUAGUCUGUCGUUUAAGAAUCAUUUAGAGCUAAACAGCUGGCUUCCACCUGAAAUAUGCAGUAUAUAUAGAAAGAAAGGAAUCUCAAAGCUUUAUGAAUGGCAGGUUGACUGUCUUCGGGUGGAUGGUGUCCUUCAGAGAAGAAAUCUUGUAUAUUGUGCUUCUACAAGUGCUGGUAAGAGUAUCGUUGCUGAGAUUUUAAUGCUGCGGAGGGUGAUAUCUACUGAUAAAAUGGCAAUACUUGUUCUUCCGUAUGUGUCAAUCUGUGCUGAAAAGGCAGAACACCUUGAACGUCUUCUUGAGCCACUUGGUAAAUAUGUUCGUAGUUAUUUUGGGAACCAAGGUGGUGGAACACUUCCUAAAGACACUUCUGUGGCUGUUUGCACGAUAGAGAAGGCAAACUCCUUAAUCAAUAGAUUAUUGGAAGAGGGCCGUUUAUCAGAGAUGGGAAUUAUUGUGAUAGAUGAGUUGCAUAUGGUUGGUGAUGCAAAUAGAGGUUAUCUUCUGGAACUCAUGCUGACAAAACUUCGUUAUGCGGCAGGAGAAGGUAUUUCAAAAUCAAGUGAAGGAGAAAGUUCAGGUGGAAGCAGCGACAAGUCUGAUCCUGCUCAAGGUCUGCAAAUUGUUGGAAUGAGUGCAACAAUGCCAAAUGUUGCAGCAGUUGCUGACUGGCUUCAAGCAGCACUAUACCAGACAGAGUUCCGGCCAGUUCCUUUAGAAGAAUAUAUAAAAGUUGGUAAUUCCAUAUAUGACAAGAGUAUGGAACUUUCUAGAACAAUCUCAAAGGCAGCUGAUCUUGGUGGUAAAGAUCCAGAUCAUGUUGUUGAGCUUUGUAAUGAGGUUGUUCAAGAGGGACAAUCAGUCUUAAUAUUUUGCUCUAGUCGAAAGGGUUGUGAAUCGACAGCAAGGCAUGUUGGAAAGUUCCUUAAAAGCUUUAUUGCUAAUAUUCAGGAGAAUGACUGUGAGUUUGCUGAUAUUACUUCUGCUAUUGACUCGUUGAGAAAGUGUCCUGCUGGGUUGGAUCCCAUAUUAGAGGAAACCCUUCCUUCGGGUGUUGCAUUUCACCAUGCUGGCCUCACGGUUGAGGAAAGAGAGAUAAUUGAAACCUGUUACCGAAAAGGACUUUUACGUGUUUUAACUGCCACAUCAACCUUAGCGGCUGGGGUUAAUCUGCCAGCUAGGAGGGUUAUUUUCCGCCAGCCUAGAAUUGGUCGUGAUUUUAUAGAUGGGACGAGGUACAAACAGAUGGCCGGUCGUGCCGGUCGUACUGGAAUUGAUACAAAAGGAGAAAGUGUACUUAUCUGCAAACCAGAAGAGGUAAAAAGAGUUAUGGGGCUUCUUAAUGAAAGCUGUCCACCAUUACAUUCCUGUUUAUCUGAAGAUGUGAAUGGAAUGACUCAUGCAAUCUUAGAAGUUGUGGCUGGUGGAAUAGUUCAAACAGCUAGUGAUGUUCAUCGCUACGUUAGAUGUACUCUUUUGAACUCCACAAAACCAUUCCAAGAUGUGGUAAAGUCUGCACAAGAAUCCCUCCGCUGGUUGUGCCAAAGAAAGUUUCUUGAAUGGAAUGAAGACACUAAACUUUACAGUACAACACCUCUUGGACGUGCAUCAUUUGGCAGCUCUCUCUCUCCAGAAGAAUCACUUAUUGUGCUCGCUGACCUUUCAAGGGCUAGGGAAGGAUUUGUCCUCGCAUCUGACCUGCACUUAGUUUACUUGGUCACUCCAAUCAGUGUUGAUGUUGAGCCAGAUUGGGAAUUGUACUAUGAGCGAUUUGUGAAAUUGUCUCCACUUGACCAGUCAGUUGGUAAUCGAGUAGGUGUGACAGAACCAUUCUUGAUGCGUAUGGCACAUGGGGCACCUAUACGUUCUUAUAACAAGUCAAGCGACAGUACAAGAGGGAUAAACAAUAAACGAGGAAGUCAACUCGGGAUCUCUGAUGCAAUUGCACUCUCAGAUGAUCAAACACUUCGUGUCUGUAGACGAUUCUAUGUAGCUCUUAUUUUGUCACUGCUAGUUCAGGAAACUCCUGUGGGUGAGGUUUGUGAAGCAUAUAAAGUUGCCAGAGGAAUGGUUCAAGCCUUGCAAGAGAAUGCUGGAAGGUUUGCAUCUAUGGUUUCUGCAUUCUGUGAGAGGCUUGGCUGGCAUGAUCUUGAAGGCUUAGUUGCUAAAUUUCAGAAUCGUGUGUCAUUUGGAGUCAGAGCAGAGAUUGUAGAGCUUACUGCCAUUCCCUAUGUUAAAGGUUCUCGAGCUAGAGCACUCUAUAAAGCAGGUUUACGAACACCUCUUGCAAUUGCUGAAGCUUCGGUACCAGAAAUAGUUAAGGCGCUUUUUGAAUCUUCAUCAUGGGCAACAGAAGGUUCUGCGAAACGGAGUUUACAAUUUGGUGUGGCGAAGAAGAUCAAGAAUGGUGCUCGAAAGAUUGUUCUUGAUAAAGCUGAUGAGGCAAGGGUUGCUGCUUUCUCAGCAUAUAAGUCACUUGGAUAUGAUGUCCCACAGUUUGCUCCUCCCAUAUUUACUGCUGCUUCUGAUUCUACCAAGAAAGAAGCUGGAAGUAACUCUGGAAGUGACACAGCUCACACUAGUCAUAGUUUUGUUGAUGCAGUCCACAAUGAUAGUUCUAAUGAAGUUGAUUUAGCAAGACAGAGACAAGAUUCUGAAAAUGAUGCUCUAGUUUAUCUGAAAGGAAAACCAAUCAGUGAGGUUCCAUUUAAUUUGUCUACUGAAAAUUCUGAAGCUCCAGUUAUUGGAUCUAUAAGGAAUGAGCCCAAUGCUACUUUUGACCCUACCAAGAAUGGAGAUCUGCCCACCCUCUCUGAUCAGUUACAGAAUCCAACUGAUACCACCGUCAUACAUGAUGGGUGCCUAGCUCGUGGUUCAGAGGACCAACAUCAUAGUAGAAUUUUAGCAAGUGGAAAUAUGGAAAGUUCCACCCAGAGAGGUCCCAUUAAUGCAGGUAGUAGUCCUGGUGGGAUUGAUUCAUUUCUGGAUCUAUGGGAAACUUUGCCAGAGUUCUACUUUGAUAUCCACUAUAUCAAACGAUUGGAACUGCACUCUCCUGCUCCUUUUGAAAUACAUGGCAUAGCCAUCUGUUGGGAAUGCUCUCCUGUAUACUACAUUAACCUUCCCAGGGAUAUUUUGUUGUCUACGGGUAAAAGCGAUGACAGUUUAUCCUUGAGUGCAUGCAGUCACAAGCUGAAAGUUUCAUCUUCUAAUUCUAAGCAUGAUUUGGAGAUUGCCAAGGAUAGAUGGAGCAGGAUUAGUAAAAUAUUAGGAAAAAGAGAUGUCAAAAAGUUCACUUGGAAUUUGAAGAUUCAAAUUCAGGUUUUAAAAAAGCCUGCAGUUUCACUUCAGAGGUUUGGUUGCUCUUACAAUCUCGGAAAUAAUGAAGACUUUGAAAUUGUAGAUAGUUCAUAUGUAUUGCUACCACGUGUCCUCAUUAAAGAUGUAAUUGACAUGUGUAUUGUGACUUGGAUACUGUGGCCCGAUGAAGAGAGGAGCUCAAAUCCAAACCUGGAGAAGGAGGUAAAGAAGAGGUUAUCCUCUGAGGAUGCUGCAGCUGCUAAUCAGAGUGGCAGGUGGAAGAAUCAGAUGCGAAGAGCUGCACAUAAUGGUUGCUGCCGACGGGUUGCUCAAACAAGAGCAUUAUGUUCUGUUCUUUGGAAAUUACUUGUUUCUGAAGAACUUGUUGAAGUGCUUAUGAGAAUAGAAAUCCCUUUGGUAAAUGUUCUUGCUGACAUGGAGCUAUGGGGAAUUGGUGUCGACUUGGAGAGAUGCAUUCAGGCUCGUAAAUUGUUGGUGAAAAGGCUGAAGUAUCUUGAAAAGGAAGCUUAUAAGCUGGCUGGGAUUACAUUUUCAUUGAAUAUGCCAGCAGACAUUGCAAAGGUGCUCUUUGAACACUUGAUGCUGCCUAUUCCUGAUGGCCGAAAUAAGGGGAAAAAACAUGCAAGUACUGGCAAGCAAUGCUUGGAUGCAUUAAGGCAUGUACAUCCCAUUGUUCCAAUCAUUAAAGAGCAUCGAACAAUGGCAAAGCUCUUGAACACUACACUUGGAUCAAUUUGUUCUCUAGCUAGGCUAUCGGUAAGCACACAGAAGUAUACAUUACAUGGCCAUUGGCUUCAGACAUCUACAGCAACUGGUCGACUUUCAAUGGAGGAACCUAAUCUUCAGUGUGUUGAACAUACAGUAGACUUCAAAAUGGAAGAGGAUAAAAGCGAAGGAGAUGCUGAUGAAAAUCAUUACAGCAUUAAUGCUCGUGAUUUCUUUAUUCCUACUCAGGACAACUGGUUACUGUUAACAGCAGACUAUUCUCAAAUAGAAUUGAGGGUGAUGGCACACUUCUCUAAAGACUCUUCUCUCAUUGAGCUUCUCAGUAAGCCUGAUGGUGAUGCCUUUACAAUGAUAGCGGCAAGGUGGAUUGGGUGUGCAGAGGAUUCUGUCAGCUCCAAUGAGAGAGAUCAGACUAAAAAGAUGGUUUAUGGAAUUCUUUAUGGAAUGGGUGCCAAUAGCCUUGCUGAUCACCUUGAUUGCACUUCUGAUGAAGCUGCAGAAAAGAUUAGUUAUUUCAAAAGCUCUUUUCCUGGUGUUUCUUCUUGGCUCAAUGAAGUUGUUUCAUCUUGUCGUCUCAAAGGAUAUGUUGAGACUCUUAAGGGAAGAAAACGAUUUUUGUCUAAAAUAAAGUUUGGCAACAGUACAGAAAAAUCAAAAGCUCAAAGGCAAGCUGUGAAUUCCAUUUGUCAGGGAUCUGCUGCAGACAUAAUCAAGAUUGCAAUGCUAAGAAUUUACUCCGUGAUUGUCGACGGUGUUGAUAGUUCGGAUUCUAGUUCUUCUAUGGCAACCGAGUUUCACAUGCUCAGAGAUCGUUGCCGAAUUUCAUUACAGGUGCAUGAUGAGUUAGUGCUGGAAGUUGAUCCUUCGGUGAUAAGGGAAGCUGCCGCGCUGUUAAAGACAAGCAUGGAGAAUGCAGUCUCACUUCUUGUUCCUCUUCGUGCGAAAGUCCAAGUUGGGAGAACAUGGGGAUCUUUGGAGGCAUUUGCACCGGACAGAUAAAUUCAAGAUAAUGCCGAAAAUCACAUCACUGAAUAGUCCAUGAUGUCAGAAGUAUUCAAUUAUAUUGAGCGGCACUUUCAUUGUUAAAUUUUCAGGGAGGUCUGGAAUGGAGGGGGGAAUCAUCACCCGACCAUGGCAGCCAAACAAAAGGCUUGUUAAUUCUGAUGAGGUUUUACUUCUAUGUUGCAGAUUAAGAGCGAGAAAUACUGGCAAGAUUUCAUAUUUCUCACUUCGAAGAUAGCAAACGGGUUCCGAUGCAUCACAAGUGGCGAUGCUGCAAUUAUUCAUUAAAUAAUUUUUCAUGUAUAGGAUGGGAAAAACAAAAAAUUUUGUAGAAAUCUGUACAUAAUAGAACGCUCUUUGUAAGAAAGAAAUUGACAAUGUGGUCACUCCCCUGUUGUAUCCUUACAAGAAAAAAUGGCUACAGUUUCAUCUCAACAAACUGGUAAAACUCUCAUCCAGCAUAAUGUCAAGUGAAAAUCAAUUGACAGGAUUAA